AUGAUCCAACUCAAGGUACGCACGAGCACGGGACGCGGCUGCACAAGCCCGCGACAAACCCUGCAAUCGCAGAAGCACAAUGCUCAUACAAGAUACAGACCAUGAUGAACGUCAUCGACAACUCCGGAGCCGCCGUAGCAGAAUGCAUCAAGGUCCUCAAAAUGAAACGAGCAGCAAAGAUCGGUAUGCGCAUCUCAUCUCAUCUCACCAACUGCUUCUCUCUAAACUUUCUCCUUCUAGGUGACCGCGUAAUAGUAGUCGUCCAGAAACAACGCAACUUCGGCGCAGAAUCCAACGCCGUCACCGUCAGCGCCGCGAACAAAGUCCGAAGAGGAGACAUUCGACACGCAGUCGUAGUGCGAACGAAAAAGAAGGUGCAGCGACCGGACGGCAGCGUUGUGAACUUUGACGAUAACGCCUGUGUUCUGAUAAAUAAGGGCGGAGAACCGAUCGGAACAAGACUGAACGGAGUGGUAGGGAAAGAGUUGAGGAAUCAUAAAUGGAGUAAGAUUUUGAGUUUGGCGCCCAUGCAUUUGUAG